AUGCCUUCGGAUGUGAAAGAGUUCCUGCGUCAAGCGGCAAUGCAAGUUGGCGCAGGUGGAUCUGCCGGUUUUGUAGAAGUGUGCAUAAUGCAUCCGUUGGAUUUGGUCAAAACGAGACUUCAACUGCAAGCCAGCCCUAGUGCGGGUGCGGCAAAAUCGACUACGUAUUACAAUGGCGUAUUCGAUUGUAUCCGCAAAAUGGCCAAAACCGAAGGAGUAUUUUCGCUGUACAAAGGCAUCCUGCCUCCGGUGCUGGUCGAAACGCCCAAGCGUGCGGUGAAAUUUUUAACCUUUGAGCAGUACAAACGCUUCUUCAUGUUUGGAUCGGACAAACCAACGCCCCUAACAUUUUCCCUGGCUGGUCUGGGAGCGGGCGUUACCGAAGCGAUUCUUGUAAAUCCAUUCGAAAUGGUGAAAGUUACCUUGCAAGCAAACAAAAACAAGAUGGGACAAGUACCAAGUACGUGGGCUGUUACGAAGCAAAUCAUCAACGAGUCCGGUUUCGGGUUGAAUGGGUUGAACCGCGGACUUACUGCCACAAUCGGACGAAACGGUGUGUUCAAUAUGAUCUACUUCGGCUUUUACCAUAGCGUGAAAGGCAUCGUUCCGGAGUAUAAGGAUCCUGUGCAAGAAUUCUUACGUAAGGUUGGUAUCGGGUUCGUUAGUGGAACACUAGGCUCGAUCGUGAAUAUUCCUUUCGACGUGGCAAAGUCCCGAAUUCAGGGACCUCAACCAGUUGCGGGGCAGGUGAAGUACCGUACCACAUUCGGCUCGAUGGUCAUCGUUGCUCGUGAGGAAGGAUUUGCGGCACUGUACAAAGGGCUCACCCCGAAAGUGAUGCGUCUCGGGCCGGGUGGUGCAAUUAUGCUGGUAGUCUACGACUAUGUGUACGCUUUUCUGGACGAUCGCUUCAAGUAA